GUCAUCUUUUAUGGUGCUGACUGCUGGGUCUAAUUAUUUGCUAAAUAUCUCGGAGGUUGUACAGGUUUAUGAUGUUGCGAGCUAUUUGUUUCCUGGUUUUGUUGUGCUCGAUCUCUUGUAAAGAUGACAUCGACAGACUUCUGGAUACUGUCGAGGGGUUUAUCUAUGGGAUUGACAGCAAAGUUGUAGAAUUGACAGAUGAUAGCUUCAACGCUGAAAUGAAAAAGUUUGAUACCGCUUUCGUUGAGUUCAUCGCACCUUGGUGUCCGCAUUGCAAACGAUUAACUCCCGAUUUUGAAAAAGCAGCAAAAGUUUUGACAACAAAUGAUAUCCCGGUUACAUUUGUCAAGGUAAACUGUGACGGGCCAGGAUACCACACCUGUCACCACGCCAAUGCGGAUAUUUACCCUACCCUAAAACUGUACAGGAAUGGAGUAGAGGAGAGGAGGUACUACGGGGAGAGAACGCCUAAGGAUUUGGUGCGCUACGCUCUGAACAUGCUUGGAGACCACGCUAAAGCAAUAGAUUCAGAGGAGGAGCUGAACAAGUUCACAGUCAGCGAUCCUGAGUAUAUGUUUGUCGGAGCUUUUGCCGAAGAAACAGAUCUGGCAAAUGAGUUUUUGAAACUAGCUGAAGAAUCACGAGAAUUCUUCAAGUUCGCACUCGUACAGGAUCCUAAACUUUUGAAGAAACUUGGACAAACUAAUGCAGUUAUUGCGUAUCAGCCAGAAUUCCUGAGAAACAAGUGGGAAUCCAGUACUAUAGUGUUUUCUGGUGAACCUUUCGACCUCAAGAACUUCAUGCAUUCCUCUAGAGUUGAUUUGGUCGGUAUGAUAACGAAAAAAACGACUAAAGAUUUUGAGAUUUCACGACCUCUUCUCAUUACCACAUUUGAUGUCGACUUUGAUGUGAACAGGAAACACACUAACUACGUCAGGAACAGACUUCUGAAAGUUGCCUCCGAAUACAGUCCACGGGUGACAUUUGCAAUGGGUAACCUGAACAUGACGCACUACUACGCUCCCGACGACCGUUACAAUGACACUGGAGUUGUUAUGACUGUGAUUACUAAGGAGGGUUGGGAAUACACCGUACCCAAGGAGCUGGAAUUCUCUCUGGAUAAUGUCAAGCAGGUCGUGGAAGAUAUUUUGUCGGGAAAGAUCGAGGGUAAACCUUACAAGACAGACGAACCUCCAGUUCAGAAGAAACGAGUGAAGAAAGUAGUCGCGACAACGUUCCAUGACAUGGUACUGGACGAGUCUAAACACGUCCUGAUCGAGUUCUACUCUCCGUAUUGUGGACAUUGCAAGCAGUUCAUUCCCGCGUACAACGAGCUCGCAUCUCGUGCAAGGGAGGACACCAAUCUCUUGAUUGCAAAGAUGGAUGCAGUUUCUAAUUCUCUUCCCAGACCUUUUGAGUCUAGAGGAUUUCCCACUAUCUAUUUCGUACCGAAGGGAAAGAACUCUCGACCUAUCAAAUUUGAGGGAGAUAGAUCCAUUGAAAAUAUUAUAAGUUUCAUGCAAGCUAAUACUAAAGAAGACCUUCAUUUCGUUGAACCUGAAGAGAAGUUCAUGAAGACGUCUUCAGAAGAAAAGGCUGAAAACGAAGAUUCAGAAACCUGCUCAGGUACACCUGAUGGUCAAUCCUCGGAGGGUCAAUGUUCCGCUGGAAAAAGUGAACUUUAAUUCUCAUCCAGUAAUUUUUAAUUUUGUAUUCAUGUCCCUUGUUUUUGCUAUCUGACUCUGCAAUUAACAUGGGUUUAAAACUGACGACAGCGGCUUGUUAUUACAUGUGAGAAUAAUUUUUGGGUUUGUAUUUCGGUGAUUUAUUUAUUAAUAUUGUUAUUGUACAUUAUAUCUGAUAGUCAUACCACAUACGUUCGCGUCAGAAUGGUCUUAAAA